GUAUCUAUUUUGGGGGGAGGGGAUUGUUGGGGAUAGGCUUAGAGUCUGUUUGGAUUGACUUAUUUGAGUUUAUUUAUUGAUAUUAGCACUUGUGAGACUGUUUGAAAAAGCUUGUAGAUAAGUAGUUACUUGAUAACCUUUUCUUCUUGUCAUUCAUUAGUUAGUUAUAAGUUAUUUUUUUUUUGUUGUAGUUUGUUAUGAGAUUUGGUAGUUAUUCAUUUGUUAUCCUUUGUAAGAUUUUGUUUAAUCAAUGAAUGAGGUUAUUUAUAAAUAUUCCCUUUUAAUCAUUUGAUAAUGUCGUAUUUGAAGACGACUCUUAGAUAGACUAUAGAAAAUAGUUUGACUUUAUUUUAUCAUGUGAUAUAGAAAUAGCUUAUACCAGCGCUUAUGCUACAAACAUUUAAGUUUCUCCAAAUUGGCCUUAAGGAUAUGGUAACAGAGUGGUCAGAGAGGUUUUUUUUAUUUCCUUACUGUUAAAUAUUAUAAUAUAAGUAUUAUAGUAUAGUAGAUGGGCUGUAAGUAUUCUGACCCGUUAGUAUUACUGUAAAUUAAGGUUGUUUAAUACCCUUUGUCUAUAUAAAGAAAUUCCGCGGUGUAGUUGAAACACACGGGUUAUUCACAAUAUGUCUCUCAAUACUCUUUAUAUUCAACAUGGUAUCUAGAGCCAACUGAGAGACAACCCUAAUCGUCAACUACCCGGUCGACCCACUGUCUCCGGUGAAUAUUUUCUUCGGCAAAUCGUGUUCUCAACUUCGGUUUUCCCCCUCUGCUGUUGAUACGCUGAUUCCUCAACUUUUGUUCAGCCGUUCACGCCCUAUCAUCGCUGUAGUCACUGCCGUCAUUGUUUUUGACGAGUUUUUCCGACGAACGACCACUCCAGCAACAUCGUACACCCCAGAUCGGCCAAACCCUUCCGCCGCAUCAUGAGAAUCACCCUCACGCGCCCCCACGCGCCGCCUGACCUCCUGCGCGUGAGAUCCACGCGCCGCCGACUGCCACCGCGCGUGACGGCGCGUCCGACAGCUGUUCACGGUGCCGCUUCUUCCACUGCACUCGCCUCGGCCCCCUGCUUCCAUAUCUGCCCUCAGUUUUCAGUUUUGAGUUACGGAUAUACGAGUUCCAGUUCAAACAGCCCCUCUUUUCCCGGUUCCGACGCGUUUCCUGACAAUCUGUGCUGACCAUGGCGUCCCAGUCUGAAACAAAGAGCAUCUUCACCAACUACAUCACCUCUCCUCUCUCUGUUGAAAAAUUGAAUGGAUCAAAUUAUGAUAGUUGGGCUGCCGACAUCAAACUAUGGCUACGUGGUCAAGGUUACGAGGAUCAUCUCACCCAAAACCCUGAUAAGUUAGUGGAUGCUUCAACUUUGAAGAGAGAGGUUGCCGAGGGGGUUGAUCUCAUGGUUGUAAGGGAACUAACUGGAGGUAUCUAUUUUGGAAAACCUAGGGGCUUUGGUACUAAUGGACAUGGGGAAGAGAUUGGUUUUAACACUGAGAUUUACACUGCACACGAGGUUGAUCGCAUUGCUCGUGUUGCGUUUAAUAUAGCUCGGAAGCGUGGUGGAAAACUUUGCUCUGUUGACAAAGCCAAUGUUCUAGAGGCAUCCAUGUUCUGGAGGAAAAGAGUUUUGGCUUUAGCAGAAGAAUACUCUGAUGUUGAACUCUCACACAUGUAUGUUGAUAAUGCAUCGAUGCAACUAAUUCGCUAUCCUAAACAGUUUGACACUAUCGUAACAAACAACAUUUUUGGUGAUAUAUUAUCUGACGAGGCUUCAAUGAUCACCGGAAGUAUUGGGAUGCUUCCUUCUGCCAGCGUUGGGGAUUCGGGACCAGGACUUUUCGAACCUAUACAUGGUUCUGCACCUGAUAUUGCCGGACAGGACAAGGCAAACCCAUUUGCUGCUGUUCUUACUGCUGCUAUGCUUCUGAGAUAUGGCCUUGGAGAAGAAAAGGCUGCUGAAAGAAUAGAGUGCAGUUCUGGAGACACUGAACAAGGGAUUUUGAACUGCCGACAUAUAUUCUGCUGGAACCGUAAAAUUAUGUUUAAUGUUUACAGUUUUUACACAUGGUUGCUAGCUAGACUUGCUUCGAUGGCGAUACUCUUCUUGAAGAACCUAUUCUUAAGAUUAAGAAUUCUAUAAACAGCUCCUAUAAGAGAUGCUCUUAAUAGUUAAUAGUGAAUAAUGAUUGUUCUCAUAAUGAACGCAUUGAAUAUGUAAGUAUUGGUAUAUUUAUGUGAUUAAGCUUGAUGUUUGGAUUGCGCGUUAAUGCAGAAGCUGGUAGGGUGUAAACAAUUAGGCGAAGAGAUACUGAAGUCGGUCGAAGCUCACAUUCCAGCUGCUGCAGCAGUGUGAUAUUUUAAGACAAUUCAGCAUUGAAGUCUGGCUGAAUUAUCCACACUCUUUGUCUUGGAGAUCAACAUGAGAGUCAAAGCUGAAAAAAAUAUCCUUAGUCUUUGAGAAAUCUGGCUUUCAUCUGCAGGAUUAUUACUAGUUAGUUAGUUCUCCUCAUACCGCAUGCAAUAAUAAAUUAAUAAUGGAACAAUGAAAGAUGGAGGUCGAAAUUUUAAUGGCAAUUAUGAAAAACUGAGCAACAAUAAUGAGGCUAUGACAAAUCCAUGGGGAAUGCAAACAUUAUGCCAAAAUGGAUAUUCCAAAUUUUAUAUCAAAUGUUUGUAUGAUUUGAAGUUGUCUUGC